AUGGAGAGGACGAUGGACCUGACGCUGAUCUCGGCCAAGGACCUCAAGGACGUGAACCGGAUAACGAAGAUGGAGGUCUACGCCGUCGCCUGGCUCUCCAGCGACCGCAGAAGCCGGCGGCGAACCGCGACGGACCGCGCCGGCCGGCGGAACCCCAGCUGGUGCGGCGCCACCUUCCGAUUCAUCAUCCCCAGGGAUGAGGCCGUCCUGCUCCACGUCCUGCUCCGAUCAGAGCGCUCCCUCGGCGACCGUGACAUUGGCGAGGUCUGCGUCCCCCUCAAGGAGCUCUAUACCUCGCCACCGGCGACGGCGGCGCCCCCGCCCUCUUCCCUUCGCUUCGCUAGUUACCAGGUCCGCCGCCCCUGCGGCAAGUCCAAGGGCGUCCUCAACUUCUCCUUCAAAUUUGCCGGGUCGAUCGCUGCAGCAGCGCCGCCGCCCGGCGAGCCCCUGAUGGCCUACCCUGCUGGAUACGCCGCCGUGUACCCUCCGCCGCCGCAGCCCCCCGCGUGCCCGUUGUACCCUCAACCAGCUUACGGCUACGGAGCCCAGCCGCCGGCGGGAUACGGGUUCCCCCCUCCGCCGCCGGCGCGAAGAGGAGCACCCUCGGGAUGGUUCUCGGCAGCGUGA